GAUUACUUAUUGCAUCAUUUCACUCCGAUCUAAUCGAUGGAAAACGCUUCUUCUCAAUCACUCUCAAUGAGCAACGAUGUGUUAUCUGGAGGUCCCUUCAUUGCUUCUACCCAAUCUAACACCAUUGGAAAUAAGAUUGCGUACAUGGAACGCCUUGUUAAUGACCUCAACAGUUCUGCUCGUCGAGAAAACGCUCUUCAUGUGCUCUCCAAGAGGACCGAUUUAUUCAAUGAACUUGCACCUUUAUUGUGGAGUUCUUUUGGUACCAUUGCAAUACUUUUGCAGGAAAUACUUUCAAUAUAUCCUAAUCUUUCACCACCGACUCUUAGUACUGCUGAAUCAACUCGAGUGUGCAAUAUCCUUGGACUACUUCAGUGUGUGGCAACUCAUUCUGAUACAAAGAUGUUGUUCAUAGAAGCCAACAUGCCUCUCUAUUUGUAUCCCUUCCUAAAAACAAAAGACAUAUUACCACAAUUUGAGAACUUGAGGCUUGCUAGUCUUGGAGUCAUUGGUGCAUUGGUGAAGGUUAACACCAAAGAAGUCAUAGGUUUUCUUCUUUCAAGUGAGAUAAUUCCAUUGUGCUUGAACAAUAUUGAAGUCGGCACAGAAAUAACAAAAACUGUUGCAACGUUUAUAAUUCAAAGAAUUCUAGCUGAUGAAGAUGGUUUGGCUUAUGUUUGUGCUACAGUAGAACGCUUUUUUGCUGUGAGUCGAGUUUUGAACUUGAUGCUGAAAAAUCUUCAAACACAACCUUCAUUUCGUCUUCUUAAGAUUGUAGUUACCUGCUAUUCUCGUUUGUCUGAUAAUCGCAGCAGGGCUGGUAUUGCAUUGACAACAUGUCUUCCAAGCAUACUCACAAAUGGCACUUUCAUUAAUUGCCUUCGUGAAGAUCCAGCAGCUUGGAGGUGCGUGAUGCAGUUGUAUGAAAAUAUGGGGGUGAAUGAGGUUCGUUUGGUACCAGGUGGAGAGACAAUCAAUGAUAGGGUUGGAUCAUCAUCGUCUGGAAAAUGAUAUAUCUUGUUCCGUCUGUUGUGCUGGCAUCACCAGUAACUUAUUGCUUAUAUGUUAAGCUGCAAUAAUCACUUUAAAUCUAAAGAUAUUUCUUGUUUGUGCUAAUAAAUUUGUAUGUGGGUGAUGUGGUCCUUUUGACCCCUUGGUGAAUGUUUGAGUUGAUGGUAAGAUAUUAAAAUAAAUGGUUGUUUUUACUCUCUACAAUAAAUUUGAGUGCAUGAUUGCUCUUUAUUUCUAUCAA